UAAACAAGGUUCACGAAGUUGGUUAAGUCAUUCGCCGCUCAGGUACGGUCAAUGAAUGUUUUUAAACGGUAGUGAAAGUUUGUGACUGAAAUAAUAAUAAACAUGGUAACGUUACAGCAAUUACGUGAGGUAUUAGUUGAAAACAACCAAUCGCAUCUUCUUCAUUUCUACGACGAACUUAACGAUGAAGAAAAACAGAAAUUAUUAGCCCAACUUUCAAAUAUUAAUUUCAGUGAAGUGAAUCAACUAUUCAAAAAUGCCAUGGAAUCCCUUAACGAACAGGGCGUCAAACUGGAUAGUAAGAUGAAACCAGUACCCAGUCACACUUUUGAAUCCGAAGAAAGUAUAAAUUCCGAAUUACUUGCUCAGUAUAAAAAAUUGGGCUUAGAAGAAAUAUCGAAAGGUCACGUUGCAGUUCUACUAAUGGCAGGAGGUCAAGGUACCAGACUAGGUGUAAACUAUCCUAAAGGAAUGUAUUCAGUUGGUCUACCUUCUGGGAAAACCCUUUUCCAAAUACAAGCGGAACGUAUCAAAAAAGUUAUGAAUUUGUCUAAACAACAAACUGGAACCGCGGGAAAUAUCGUAUGGUAUAUAAUGACAAGUGGUCCCACUGAUAAAACAACUGAAAAGUUUCUCAAAAAUAACGACUAUUUUGGGCUCAAUAAAAACGAUGUGGUGCAAUUCAAACAAGGUCUAUUACCAUGCUUCGAUUUCGAUGGUAAAAUAUUUCUAGAAGAUAAGAAUACAGUGGCGUUAGCACCAGAUGGUAACGGAGGUAUUUAUAGAGCUCUGAAGAAUAAUGGUAUACUAGAAGAUAUGAAAGUACGAGGUGUUAAAUAUUUACAUGCUCAUAGUGUCGAUAAUAUUUUGGUUAAAGUAGCAGAUCCCGUGUUUAUCGGUUAUUGUGUUAAAAAGGGAGCAGAAUGUGGCGCUAAAGUUGUAAAAAAAUCUGGACCCAACGAAGCUAUAGGAGUGGUAUGUCAAAUCGAUGGUAAAUUCCAGGUUGUUGAAUACAGUGAAAUCACCGAAAAAACCGCAAAUUUAAGAGACGAAGAAGGAAAUUUGAUAUUCAGCUCAGGUAAUAUUUGUAAUCAUUUCUUCUCUACGGAUUUUUUGAAUAAAAUAGCCGACAGAUUCGAAAGUCAACUAAAAUUACACGUGGCAAAGAAAAAGAUUCCACACGUGAAUCAACGAGGUGAAAACGUUAAACCGUCUACACCCAACGGAAUUAAAAUCGAAAAAUUCGUUUUCGACGUUUUCGAAUUCACAAACAAAUUCGUGACAUGGGAGGUGCCCCGUCAUAGUGAAUUCAGCGCUCUUAAAAAUGCUGAUAAUCCCGAAGGUACAGCUGUUGACUGUCCCACUACGUCUAAAAGAGAUUUGCUGAGAUUACACAAAAAGUAUAUCGAAAAUGCGGGCGGGAAAGUGACAACUAACGAAGUAGAAAUUUCCCCGUUGCUAUCGUACGCUGGUGAAAAUUUGGAAAUCAGAGUGAAAGGAAAAGUGUUCGAUAAAAAAACUGUGAUAUUAUCCGACGAAGAACAGUUAUUUAUGAAUAAUAAUAAUACCAUUGAUGGACCUGUUAUUUCUAACGGUAAAUUUUAUGUUGAAUAAUAUUAAAAUGAAACAGAAAGUUCAUAUAAAAGUUAUCUGAAUGCAUUCUGAAUAUUCAACCAAAUAUGUUAACAGUUAUGAAAAUUUUUUACCUAAAGUUCAAUCCUUUUCUAAUAAUCAGGUAUCUGAGCUAUUACCACUCUAGACUAGAUUUUAUGAGAUUUGAAUUGAAAUUUGAUUACAACGGCGACUAUGGUCUAGCUAAUUAUUAAUUAUUAAUAUGAAUCAAAUUACUUUUAUUCGAACGUAAAUAUUAUUCUAAAUUAUAAUUGUUUUUAUAUCAUUUUUGGAAAUUUUUGAUAUACAUUUAUUUGUUAGAAUCCAUUUUUGGUAUCUUUAUAUAUAUACGAGGUAUGAAAAAUUACUUCUGAAAUGCUUUAUUAAGAAUUCAUAUAUUUUAAUCCUCUAUUUCUUUAAAGAAGUCUUCUUUUGGUUCCUUCAGGUUCCGUAGCUCCAAUCGACGAAUAUGUUUAUAAUUCAAAAUGAUCGAAAGGAUUAAUUUUUUGGUUCUGUGGGAUUGCGGAUGCUCAAUGUAUAGCGCUAGUCCAAUACUACCUCUAAUUUCAAAAAGUUCAUGUGACAUGGCCUUGGCUGCCAAGGAUCUUCAUCUUCUGUUUGUAAUACUCUGAAGCUCCGUAGUCUUUUACACUUCAAGAGAAUGUUAAUAGAUGGCUCGUCUUCUAUCCUGUAUUUUCUGUUAAACCUACCAUCUUCAAGUAUUCAUAGAGGCGACAACGUUUCGAGAACUUCCUAUUAGUAUUCAUAAAUUGUUUUACUUAGAUUGAUAUAUCAAAUAAAUCUUCUUUUGUUAUAGUAGAAGAGUAUCUUCUCCUACCUCAGUCAAUGUAGAGUUUUCCAGAAACUGCAUUUUUUCUAAUCUCACUCUUUACCUAGUUUUUUUUUCUAUUAUCUUGUGACUGAUUGUAAAAGAGGUUUCAGAUCCUACUAAUUGAUUAUCCAAUAUCAUAAUUCUGAUAAUAAAAUACUUUUCUCUUACUGGGCCCUUUUUUCAUUUGGGUAUAAUUCUACUUGUAUGCAUAGUGAAUUGCUUAUUAAUAUAUAGGGUUUUGCUCUUAGACCGUGCCCUCUUAUUUCAGUUCUUUUUGUUAUUUUGGAGCUGUACGUUCACCUUUUCAUGACAGCUCUUUCAUUUCUAGUAUGGUGAUUUAAACCCAUUCACUUAAAUAGCUCAGUUAACAGGUAAUUUUUUUUUCAACGUGGAGCCUUCUCAGUAGUUCAUCCUGAAGUAUGUCCUAUAUUUGAUUAUUGUCUGAGGGAAUUCCGCUUUAUUUCUUGUGACUUGUCUUGAUUUUCCGACAUACUUUCUAAUAAUACAUGGAUAGCUGGGAAAUUUGGUUAUAUCAUUUCUAGUGCAGCAGUUGGGUAAGUUUUUAUGGCCCUGGUUGUAAAUAUGUAAACCAAUCUUUGUACCUAAGAGAGAUUCUUAUGGUAUCCAGACUAGUUCUAGCAUCUCAGACCACUUUCCUGUAUAUGAUGAUUAGACUCACUAUCACUGUGUAUAUCCAGAGGAGGAUUCAUGAUUUACACCCUCAAUUUUUGAUGCGCUGUUUCUGUAUAUAUUCAGGGAUUCACUGGUCAUUCGCUCUUGUGUUUAUUCUAGAUAAAUUUACUAUCUAGGAUAAGUUCCAUAUAUUUCCCAUCGCUUGACCAUCUAGUUUGACAGUCUUGACAUUGAGCUGUUUCUUUCUAGUGAAAGUGAUUAGGUAGGUUUUUAUGAAAUUGAAAUUUAGUAUCACCUACAUACAUCAUGAGAAAUUAAGUCUUCUUCGAUUUCUGUUACAGAAGAUAUUAUCAAAUCCACCCUUUCUUGAAUGAGUAUGUCGUCGAUGUACCAGGUCAAUCACUCUGUAUAAAAAUUCAUCUAAUAAAGGGCUCCAUAUAAAUGGGGAUACAACUCACAUAAAUUGUCAUGAAAUAUAGUUUUCUAUUUGUCAUUUGGAGUAUAAAUUCAAACAUUUUUGCGGAUUUCUUGUUAUUAAAACAUGAAAAUUUUGAGCAUCCUAUUUGCAAGUCAUCAUUGUCAUGUAAAUUUUGUCGUAAUGAUUCUUAUCAAUUCUUAGUUUCAGCAAAGCAAACACACGAACUAAACUAAAGGUCAAAUUUUAUAAGAUUUUUUCUAUAUCUACUAUUGACGUAAAUAUCUUAGAAUCCACUCAAAUACAAGUACACGCGAUAAAAAAUUCACUGUCAUGCACUUGUCCUAAUGAAUAACUUCAGUUGCAGUUUUUUCAAAUGUCAUGUAAAUUAGUACAUAAAUUCGUUGCUCUACUGCUACAUAAAAUCUUUUUCUAGAAAAAAAAUCUUUGAUGGGAAUGAUUUAUACGGAUAUACAAAUUUGUGUACAGUAAUGAAAGGUACUGCAUUGCAAAAGACUGUCCUGUAACUGAAGCGUUUGACAUUCAGGAACUCCUAUCAUAGAACUCGUUUUGUAAUUACUAUACCUAGUAUAUCUGAACAUUCCUUAUUGUCAUUAAAGGGUUUAUAACAUUUCUACCCUCUUAUACAUUUUAUUUUAAAUAAAAACCACUCAAUUUUAAAUAUUUUCACCCUGUAUUUUGUAGUUGGUUAGCUUCAGAGUCGUACCGGUUUUUAAUUUUGCGAAAUAUGAAAAUUGUUGUCGUACAUAUUGGUUGCUUUUUCAAACGCAUAAAUUUUUUUCUCAAUUUCCUAGGCUCGUAGGUUGUUUGGAUGGAGUGGAAUAAUCAAACAUCGAUUAUAUUUCACAUUUUUACCUAACUACACAUAACUUAACGUUUCGCUCUUUCUUUGGUAGAAUUUCCAAAAGAAUAUAUUAGAAAAUUUCCACUUCAUAAUUUCAACAAAAUGAUAUUAUACCAGGUAUAUUGGAACAUAAACUGAUUAUUCCAUUUAUGGUAAAUUUUGCUAAGGUUUUUUAUAUCUUGCCUAUCAUUUCUUUGAUUAAUAAUUUCUGAUAGUGUGUCUUGAGCUAAGAUUGUUGGUUUUUGAAGUAAAGUUUAAUAUUUUCAUUUUUGUCGUGUUUGUGUAAAGUAGUUGAUGAAUUCUUGGUAUAUUUGUGAUCCUCCAUUCUGCUCUCUAAGUAUUGUGUAGUCAUUCCUAUAUAAUUUUUUGAAAAAUUCAAAUAUGGUAUGGAAUAAAUAUUUAAUUUUUUAGUGUUUUUAGUUUUGUUUUUUAGUUUAGUGAAUAGUGGUGAUAAUGAGUUGUGUAAUUUAUGACUUAUAUUGAUGUUGUGUUUUAAUAAAAUUCAUUUCAGUUUUUCUGAUAGUUGGUUCGUAUAAGGGAGUGCCAGAUAUGUAUCUUUUUCUUGGCUUGGACUUAUUUGUGUAGUUUGAUUUAUAUUGUUGUCAGUUGUCAUUGUAUUAUUUAUAUGUACGUUGUUGAAUGAUUCCACUGAUUUGAUUUCCUUAAUAUUGAUUAUUUUUAAAAUAUUUUUGACUUUUUGUGUGUUUUCGGGGUGAUAUUCAGAAGAAGUUAAGUUUGAAGUUCUAUAUUUUAAUCUGAGAACGACGGUGUUUUUUGUGAUUUGGGAUAGAAUGAGUUACAAUCUAGAUAUCUUCUAGACAAUGUUUCUUAUAUAAUUGUCUUCGUUUAUCCGCAAUUAAUUCUAGAAAAAGAUCAUGAUUCACUGCAGUGUCCAUUCUAUAUAAAUUAGAGUAUCGGAAAAAAUUAGGAAAACUUUGAUCUAACUAUCAAACCUUGCUUAAGACUGAUAAAGCUGACCGACUCCAAGGAAAACAAAGGAUUUGGCAGAAAUUAGCCAGUUGCCUCUUUGUCGGCUUCAGUCUUUUCGACCUCCACCAGAGCAACUGUUAUUGUCGAUAUACACAUUAACAAAUACGUUGAAUAACUGUGACAUUAUUGUUGUAUUAAAUUGUCGGAUGUCGUUGUAUAGCUCGUAAAUCGACACCAAUCUUCAAAAGCUGUAAACUGCAAAGAGUGAAGUAAACAGUGACAUAUUCGUUAUUAAACCAUAUUAGUCCAAAUUAAUUUUUUUAUUGUGAUAAUUGUUUUUUGUAAGGAAAUUGGGCUCAGGGUAUGUGCCAACAUGAUAUUUUCUGUUUAUUUCGGAAAAAAGGUGUAACGCUUAGCUUUAAGCUAGCUAAUUCUGGUACAUUCAAGAAUAUUUUAUCAUUUAACACAUUUCUAGAACUUACAAAAACAUAUAAAAAAAAAAAAGUGUCUUUUUUACGCACAUUAGAUUAGCAUCUACUACUAUGUUCAAUGUCACGUUUUGGAUAUUUCUGGACGACCCGCAGCUUUUGAAGGUACUCCAUACCGCUGUAGAUACGACAUUACAAUUUUGCGCUUUUACUCAAGCUGAGAUAGAAUUGUUUCUAGAUUUUUUGUGAAUUAUUCAAGCAUUUUUGCCUAAAACAUCAAUAAGCCAGCUAAGCACACACCGCAAUCUUAUUGAGAUUCUAUAGCGCGAAACUUUUUGAUCCAUAAGAUCUGUGCCUUCCAUUCCAUUUUUAUAUUUACGACUAAUAUCUAACCUAUUGAUUUUCGUGUAUUGUUUUUAGAUAUGUGAAUACCUCUUCACUUGGGCUAGAGGAGCUAUUCGGCUGGACGUAGAUGCGACUGUAACUACAUUAUUAUCUAGCCAGUUUAGAAAAAUUAUUCCACUAUAUCGGUCAAUUAUGUGAGCAAAUUCUUCCUUGUUAGCAUUUUCAGCAUAUGUUUUUUAUUGGGCAAUAUUUUUUGGAAUUUUGUUCGUCCUCAUCGUGCUGGUCGCCCCGUAACCUUGUUAUGUUGAAUGAAUCAAAACAUCCACGCUUGUGAAUAAGUUGUCCAAAUAAAAAUAGUAUGGCAAAUAUUUCCGGAAACUCUCUGAGCAUGCGGAGUAGUGGCGAAGAAGACUUUCUAAAAAUAAUGUCAUCCUUUUAAUAAAUAUAAGGGUUUCGAUUGGUGUUAUUAUUUUAACACUUGCUUGUAUUUGGUGUGUUGAUCAAUCCUCUUAUCGUUAGCUUCGGCAUUUAGAUCCUCUUCAUAGACCAUUUCAAGAGCUUCUUAUAAUGUAAAAAAAGCAAAAAUAGGUUUUGACCCGCACUUUUUCGGUAAAAAAUAUAAAUAUGUUGCCUAUUAGCCUAACGUCUAAUCUAACUACAACAUCCUAACGAAAAUUGUAUCCAAACCAUUAGAGUUCGAUACUUUCAUAUAUUAAGAACAAAAUUAACAGAAUUUAUUUAACGUAAUUGAUUGAUUUUCUAACUUUUAGUUGUAGAAUUGUAUUUAUUAUCAAAUCUACUACAUUCACUUUUAUUACGAGUGAUAUAUUUUCAGAUCUCACUCUAGAUUUUUACUGACAAUACAUGUAGUCAAUAGUUGAAUAGACAAUAGUUUAGAGGCAGUCGUGGUACUGCAUGUCCUACAUUUACAGCUAUAAUAUCACAAACAUGCUAGAUUUAAACAGAAAAUGCUACUUAUGUCUCAGUGUAGCUCGAAAUAAAUGUGAAAAGUCAAGAAGUAUUCUUGAAAUUGAAUUGAUUCUUUUUAAUUUAGUUUUUCUAAUACGAAUCUAUCUACCCUUUAAUUCGAGUUCGUCUUAUGCCUAAUCGACAUAGAUAAUGCAUCAAUUUUCACUUCUUUCCUUUUUUGUUUUUAAUACAAAUUACUAUGUUGAUACACUUUGAUCUGAUAUCCCUCAAUUAAUGCGAAUCUUUCAUCGACUUUGGAGUGUAUGAGUACUACCGUGAUAAAAUACUUGUACAUCCAGUUUCGUCAUUAUUUAUUCUUUCGUUCAAUAGAAUAUGAUAUAGAACUUCAAAACCUUUGAAUUUGUAGAUUAAUAUUCGUUUUUCAGUCAAUACCAACAUGAGAGGUUCUAGAAAAAAAAUUUAGAACUCAAAGUCCGUUUUUUAAGAUUUCGCUGCACGAUCAAUAUCUUGUCUAGAUUUUCAAUUUACCAUAAGAAAAGUCAGUGAUAUAGCUAUAUAUGAAGACAUUUUACUAUUAAUUUGUCUUAUCAAAACUUACAGCAACAAAGAUCUUCAAAAAACAUCAAAAAACGUCGGGAAUUAACCGUUGAAAGUGUGUAAAAUUAAUUUCUGUACGUCUAAACAUAAACCUACAAUUUUUCAAGAACAAUAUAUUUUCGAGAACUUCUUCUUAACAUUUUACAUGAAAAACAACAUUUUCAACUAAUUAAUAGUUCAAAAUGACAGGAAAACUAUUAGCUGUUAAAAUAAUUAUGAAAAACUGCUGAUGUGUUUAAAAAUAUGAAACAUCCGAAGCAAAACAAUUAUAAAACCAGGCCAGGAAUCAUAAAACCUUGAUUUAAUUAAAUAAUCUCCUCAUUUAGACGAUCAAAAGUCUUCUCAUUUCAAAUCUUAAUUCACACUGUUUAUCAAUAAGCAAACUUGAGUCAACGUUAAUCAAUAUGUUUCUCGCGCAGGAUAAGUGCUUCUAAAUUGUCAUAAGUUUUUGUUGCUCUCAAUUUGGUCUUUAUCAACAUUAACUUUGAAAAAAAAGACAUUUGCAGGUAACCUGUGCUAGAGGAAUCGUUAGUAAAUAUUUGUAUACUUUGUACAGUUCUGUUUAUUGAGGACAGUACAUAUUACAAUCUACUGUCACUCACUGUGUAAGCUGGGAAGUCUUCAGCAUCCUACUUGCGGUUUUUCUUCAUUUUCAAGUAGACAUAAAUCGUCAUCGAGGCAUCAAAUCUUCCAGUCUCAUCGACACAAUAAUCUUGUUCAAUUGACUGCAUGCUUUUACUGGGCCAAACAUUGAGCAAAGACAUGAUUCCUUCUCCUUGAACGCCAUCCAGCAAAUAUGAAGAGAGGCAACGAAGUUUCCUUGUAUCAAGUUAUUUCGUUAAACGAAAGGUAUUUUGAGAGUUAAACACUUGUUCGAUAACAAGAGGGCGACGUCUUACCCUUGAGCUGAGGGCGCAGGGGGAGACUCCCCUUUAUCCCCAAAAGCCAGCAUGGGCUUGUAGGUAUGUCAUGUUUUUGGUAUAUAUUUAUGUAUCAUUUUUUUCAAAUUUGUCUACAAGUUUAAUUAUAUUGGCAUUUCUUCCUCGUGAUGCAAAUUAUGAUGAGUAAAAUAAUCUGGAUCAAACUCAUAUUUUCAUAUGAAAACCCUAGUUUCCUGAUACAUAUUUUAUAUAGAUUUCUGAAAUCCCAAAAGACAACCAGUUUCUACUUACGCAAAAAAUUUUGUAAAAGAAAUUUUAACAUACUUCUUUCCUAAAGAAAAUAGUCGAUAAUGACAGGUAUUUGACUGAUGGGUUACUUGCUCAUCUUCUUCUUCUUGUUCUUCCUUUUUAAGUAACUGUUCUUAGCUGUCGUAAAUCGAGUUUUUCGGUAUAUGGCUCAGUUGGUUAUAUAAUUAUCUUGUAUCUUGAUAUUGUUAUAUUUCUUCAUAUUGUGUCAUUUAAAAGACUUACUAUUCUUUAAAUGUUUGAAUGAAAUAAAAAUAGCACUUAUGGAAAAAUCAAAAAGUGCUGAAAGUGCUAAUUUGGAAUUUUCAUAUGUGUAGUUAUUUACUUUUUAGGUUGAAGAGAAAGAUAGAUGAUUUUAUUAUUAUUUAAUUUCUUGUAUAAAAAUUCUCCUGUCAUUUCAUGUGGCCAUAUUGUUUACCCUGUAUAUUUAUAUGUGUGUCUUGACUAAAUCAAUUUCUUUUCUAUCUUAUAGUAAUUGGAUUUUCUCGCACUAAUACCAUAUUUGUGUUUGUUCUUAAUUAAAAUCAUGAUGCAAAAAUUGAUAACAAUGAGAAUAAUAUUUUGUAAUUUCCCCUUAAUCCUUUCUUAGUAAUUGGAAAUGAUAUUUUUCAUAGAUUUCAUUGAUUUGUAAAGAUAACAUGUGUAAAAAAUAGUCCACUGCUUAAUUGCAUAAAGGAAUUUAACCUAUUUUUUCUAUUGUUUAUUGUUUUAUUGUUUUUUUCUACUGUUUAUUCCAAACAAAAAACAUGCCCCGCAACGAAAAUUUGUCUUCUUCUUUCUCUUUUUUUUGAAUAAGUUUGAUUGAAACUAUUUGUCUUCCUCUUGAAACUUUUUUGAGAGCUCCAGCUGACAUAUAAUCUUUUUCGCGGUCUGCCCCAAGAAGUUCUUACCUGAUAUCCUGAGUUUUCAUUGUAUAUUUGAGCCUCGUUCCCUUAAGUGAUCUCGAUGCUUGUUGAUGCUUCUUUUGAUUGAAUUAGCGUUUCCUCUAUUAAAUUUUCUCACUUGAUAUUACUAUGAGGAAGUUGAAUUCGAUUGUUUCUUGUAUUAUGUUAUAAUUUACAGCUAAUUUACAUCUAAUAGGUUCUUUGGCGACCAUUGAUUGAGUCAUCUAAGGUGACAGGCUCAUAUUAUAUCUAUCCACUGCUGUCGUUAUCCUCUAUAGUAAACGCUUCAUUCUCUAUCAUAUUACAUCCUACAUAUUACAUAUAUCUUCUUAUAUAGUCCACGUUGAGUUAGACAUUUGGUAGAAACACUCAAAAAAAUAGCUGGAAAAAUUUGAAUAAACAGAACCACCAAACAUAUUUCAAAGACCCAACGUUUCGCUUUUUUCCCAUAUUCUGAUCGAAGUGUGGUUGACUUGGAUAAAAAUAUUUAUUCAAAUUACUACAAUCCCUUCCAGCUAUGGUGAGAACUGAAAAUUUAUAUAAUUAAUUAAUAUAAUAUAAUAACAGAAGCAACAGUUUCACACUAAUACAAUUAAUGAAGCAUAUCAACUAAAAAGCAUUAGUUCAAACAUGAACGUGAAAACAGAAUGAAAUAAUAUUUACAAUACAUAUCUAUUGCUAUUAAAUGAAAUUUAACAUAAAAAAGAAACGAAAAAGUAGAGAAUAUCAAAAAAGAUUGUUGGGAAAAAUUUGUAACAGAGGAAGAUGCUGAGAAUUAAAAAAAAGCACGUGUAUAUAAAAACUCAGUUUGGAAUACAAUACGAAUGACUUUAAAGCACUCAAGAAUAAUACGUCAAAUAUAUAACAAGAGAGAAACAAUUACGAAUUUUGAACCAGCUCUAUGGUUCAGGCAAUUCUGGAGGUUUUGUUUAUCAAACAUUUGGUUCUCUUGAGAUUAAUGACCACAAAGCAGCAUAAUCGAACUAAUUUUCAAGCAUUCUACGCUUUCAAAAGUAUUUCGUUAUCUUGGAAUAAUCGUUGAGAAAGUGAUAGAGUUGGCAGAGAAUAUAAGCGAUUAGAUUAAAGCAAAAUCUGAUACUUCUACUGCAUUUUCUAUUGGUUGUUACGAAAGUAUAGAUGUAUGUGGUGUCACUGCAUUUUUUCUUCGUGUUGUUGAUUAGGAGUUACUUUAGUUAGUGCCUUUGUAUAACACAACAAUUGGGGUGAAUUUGUUCAAAUAUAAUCAAAACUAUCUGCAAAAAUAUUUGACAUAAUUGUGUUGUGUUGUCAUAGAUUUGGCUCGUUCUGUGGGUAGAGUGAAUAAUCACCAAUAAAUUUUAUGCUCAAAAAUCAUCAAGCUGGAGAGCGUUUUUGAAAGCACUUUCGGUUACUAACUAAAUUAAAUAGACAAAAAUAUACGGUUAGAAUGGAAAUAGAGAAUCUUGAUCCCAAUUUUCGAAUAAAAGGAGAAUAAACUGAUCCACUAAACUGUUGAAUUAUUAGUUUGAUGAGUACUGUAUAAAAAAAUUCAUCAACACUAACCGGUUUGUGAAAGGCGGUAAGGAUUUGAAUAUAACAGGUGUCCAAGUAAUGUCCGGGGUCAAACGAAAAUUCAAACUGGGUUGGUUCUAAUCGUUCCCAGACAAUUUGACGUAGAAAUUUAUGGUAUUGUCAUUUGAUUGGGGUAGGAAACUGGAAAAGAAAUAUUCCAUUAUACCACUAUAUAAUGUUGAGUAGGAACAACUUUUUCUUAACGGGAGAAUUAGUAUUUAUAGUCUCAGUGUUCGCCAGAUCUAACACCAUAGAAUCAUUUUUUGUAGGGUUAUCUUAAAAAACGGAUUCGUAAUAGUAAUGUGACUCCAGUGGUCACCUAGGCAUAAAAACAGUUUCGACGAGUUCUACAACUUACAUUAACUCUCUAUGAAAUAAUUUUGAAUUGUUUGGAUACAUUUUCAGUUUUUUCAAUUACAUUGAUGGUUGUUGAAGGAAACUUAUUCUUAUUAUACCAAUUCACAAUUAUGUAGUAUUCCAAAUAGAACUAUACGUAACUUUUUUUGAUAAUAUACAUAUGUUGCUUUUUCAAAAAAAUAAAAACUACCCUACCGUGGGCUGUAAAACAUAAUACUUCUUUCGUUCGUCAUUUAGAUUAGUAGUUCACUUAAUAAGUCUCGAAAGUAGUCUUUUACUGGACGAAUGGGCAAUUUCUACAAGCCUGCAAGUCUUGUAAAAAACCACUUUCGGGACAUAUUACGUACAAUAUUUUUUUUAAAACGGGCAUUGUUGUACCAUAAGCUUCAUAUUAUUCACAAUCAAAUGCAUCAUUUUGAGUAUCCAUUUUAUAAUAAAUGUCAUGUUUUCAACUAAACGUCAAAAUAUGUUACUUUAUAGUUUCAAAUAAUAAAAAACUCGGUUUCUAUAGAAACCAAUUGACCACUAACUUAGACUAACUAUUUUAUUAUUUUUUUCAUUAAAGAUAGGCCGUGAAGUGAAUAAAAAUGAGUCUUUUACCGAAUUAUCAUAAUAAUUUUCUGGCUCGGUUCGACAAAAUGAGAUUUUCUGACUUAAAAAUAAACCGAAAAGUACUAAUUUCUAGCCUGUUUAAAAAAAUACUUCAAACUAACUCCAAUCGGUUUUUUUACUUACAUUAAAUGAUCUGUCUUUUAUUUCAACACUCCAUUAUAAAAAUUUCUCAUGCGUAAUAUAGAGUCAUUCACCAUGCUUACUACUUUGUAUGCUAAAUUUUCUUGCAAUUUUCCAUACUUUUAGAAUUCAUUUAGAAGUUUUUCUUGAUAAUUAUUGUAUUUGCUAAAUAAAUUAUUGAAGGUUUGAUAUUCAGAAUGCAAUGUGAUCCUUUCUAUUGUGAUGAAAGCAUAGAAAUUGAUAUUUUUGUAAAAUUAUUACUAAGUUAAUUGAAAAUAUAUAUUUUUAUAUUACUUACUAUAGCGAACAUUUGGUUUAUUAAAUAGUUAAGUUAUUAAGUGUAUUAAAUAGUAUCACAAUUUUUUUUGGAUUUUUGUAAAAAUUGAGAAUAUUCUAUACCGAAAAAAAAAAUGGAUUUUCUAAUUUUUUUCUAAAUGUCAAACAUAAUUUCCCAACUUGAAAUUUCCUGAUAUAAUCCUUUCUGUAUAUAAAACACCUUUCAUAAACACCCCGCUCUUCUUAGUACUUCCUCGUUCCUCACUCUGUCUGUCCAUGGUAACAUGGGUAACACAAAUGCAUAGGGUGUGGUGGGCAUGCUCGUAGUUAGGAGGUCUACAUAAAGGUUUACCUCGUGACCCUCUAGGUGGCCACGCGCGCCUGCUAUUCAAGACAAGCGAGUUCGACUUUUUGUGUGGUCUACUCACCACUCGACCUGGCAUGUUCACCAGUAAUUGGCGCCUGUACAACUGACAACCGAUGAGUUGCCAUUAUGAUAAUGAUUAUCUACACUCUCGCAGAGAAACCAGUUGAAUAAUGACAUUACCAGAAAUUGAGGAACGUUACACUCUUCCAUACACCUACCAUAUGUACCAGUUUUUAAUUUUUCUUCAAUUUUCUUUGCAAUACUGUUUUUUUUUUCAGUGAAUGUAAUUUCUCCUUUACUUUCCUGUACAAAAUGAACAUUUGAUUUUGGUCUAAAUAAAUUGGACUGUAAGCCCAAAAUCAUGUUGCUACAUUUGUUUAUUAAAUUAAGUUAUUUAUUCACCUACAUUUAAUAAUUGACCAUAAAUGGUUUCUGGCUCCCGGUUAAUUAUCUCAAAUCCUUUUUAUCUUGCAGCAAUCGCAAAACAAAAACACAUAAUUUGAAUACUCUGUGAAAAUCUAUAAAAAAAAAUCUGAAUAGUUGAAAGCUUUAAUACAUAUUUCAUCACUUCAUAUAAAAGAGACAAUAUACAAAUAAAUACAGAUUCCUUCGACUUAUAAAAUCGAUGUUGCCAAAUAUCCUUCCAUAUAAUUUGUUCAUGAUUAUUGCAAAAUACCGUCAAGAAAUGAGUUAAUUGGAGCAUAAAAUAUCUAAAUGAAAAGAGAUAGUCGCUAGGCGAGACCUUACUCAAUCAUUCAACAUGUUUUAUUUUCACAUACAGGAUGUUCCCGGCCUAAUAAUAACUAUUUUGUUGAUAAUUAUUAUUUUAUAGAUUCUUUCAUUCAAAAAAUGUUAAAAUUCAUGAUUUUCCAAAUUUCUUCCAAUUGGUUUGGUAGGAAUAUUUUUCGUUCGCCAUAUUCCUAAUUAACAUACUCUUGCUACGUGAUCUCCAUGUGUUAAAAAAAAUUGGUUAUUUAUUUAUUGAAAAUAACAUGUCCAAAUGCAAAGCGUUGUGCUCACAGCAUUCAUUCAAUAGAGCACUAAAAUUGCCCAGACGGCUCAGUUAUUCUCCGUGAUAGCUGCCAUUUCGUGAUGGAUAUUAUGUCUUAAUUCUGCAAGAAAAGUCGGUUUGUUGGUGUAAACUUUGUAUUCUACAUAACCCUCUCAGGAAAAAAAUCAUAAAUGUAAAGUG